AUGGGAAAUGCUAAUGGAAGAGUUCCAGAUCUCUCAGGAUAUCAUGAUUAUGAUGAAUGCGCCGGAAUUAACACCAUCAUUGUUGAUAAUAAAUGUAAAUGUAUGGAUGGAUUUCCAUUCGGAGAUCCAAAUGGAAAGGGAUGUUAUAAGUGUAUUGAUCAAUGCAAUGAAAGCGCAAGUUGUGUUUAUCCUGGAAAAUGUGAAUGCGAAAUCGGACUUUAUGGAGAUGGUAUAACUGAAUGCUAUGUUCCUGUCCCAUUCGUAAUUGAUACGCCUCCUUCUGAUUUGCUCUCCACUGGAAAUGAAAAAGUAACGAUUCAAAUAAAGCCAUUACCAAGAUUUAAACCGCUUAAAGCUUAUUGUAAAUUCGAAAACGUAGUUGUAACAGCCAAUUCAACAAAUGCUCACUCAAUAACUUGCAUUUCUCCAAAAUUAAAUCCGGGAUCUUACAAAAUUUACGUUUCUUUUGACAAUAUUUUGUAUUCGUCAAAUUAUGCAUUUGCUCAAGUUACAGGAACUGGAUUUAUUUCAGUUGGUAAAGGAAUUUGGAUUAUUUUAAUUGCAAUAAUUGGCGUAAUAGUUUAUUACUUUGGAUUUGCUUCUAGAAAUGGAAAUUCUAGUCAGCAAGAUGAAGCAAGAACUCCUUUCAUUGCAAAUUCAGGAAAAGAUCAAAUUAAGAAACGAAAAGGUGCAAUUGACAUGAUUUAA